ACUCGUUAUAGCAUACAAAAUACCAGACUCACUCUGCGGAUCUCUCAGAUCUGAGAAAAGACACCAAAUUUCUCCCUCCUUAAAACCACACACCCUCCGAUCACCAUUUCUCCCGACUCCCCUUCUCUCACCUUACCCUCAAAACCCACAAAUUCCUCAUUACCGAAUUCUCUUCUGAAGAUUCACUUCGAUUCAACCAUUUCUGCAUUUCUAUCCGGUAAGCAACUAGAAUAAAAUGGAGAAGUCCUGUUCUUUGCUGAUACACUUUGAUAAGGGCACACCAGCUCUUGCCAAUGAGAUCAAGGAAGCCCUCGAAGGGAAUGAUGUUCCUGCCAAGGUUGAUGCCAUGAAGAAGGCCGUCAUGCUUUUGUUGAAUGGCGAAACACUACCCCAGCUGUUUAUUACUAUUAUUAGAUAUGUCUUGCCCUCUGAGGAUCACACGAUUCAAAAGCUGCUGGUUCUGUAUCUGGAGACUAUUGAGAAGACCGAUUCUAAGGGAAGUGUGCUGCCUGAAAUGGUCCUAAUUUGUCAGAACCUGAGGAAUAACUUGCAGCAUCCAAAUGAGUACAUUCGUGGAGUUACUUUGAGAUUCCUUUGUCGGCUGAAUGAGGUUGAUAUAAUUGAACCUUUGAUUCCAUCUAUUAUGAGCAACUUGGAGCACCGACAUCCGUACGUGAGGAGAAAUGCAAUUCUUGCUGUCAUGGCUGUUUACAAGCUUCCACAGGGUGAGCAGCUCGUGGCAGAUGCACCAGAGAAGAUUGAGAACGUCCUUACCACGGAGCAGGAUCCAUCAGCANGUUUCUACAUAAUGCCAGAGCUCUUGAAAUUUGUUCCUCCAUGUCCUAAAUACAUUUCUGUUUGCCAGGGCAUGAGCCAGCUGGAGUUGGAAGAUGCAGUUCACGAUGAUUUGAAACGUGCCACUGGAGAAUUUGUCAAGGAUGAGAAUGAUGCUAAUAGACUAAAUCGGGUUCUGCAACUCACGGGAUUUAGUGAUCCUGUUUAUGCUGAAGCAUACGUGACAGUUCAUCAUUAUGAUAUUGUCCUGGAUGUGACAGUUAUUAAUAGAACUAAAGAGACCCUCCAGAAUUUAUGUUUGGAAUUGGCAACAAUGGGUGAUCUCAAACUUGUUGAGCGUCCACAGAAUUAUACUCUUGCUCCUGAGUCAAGCAAACAGAUAAAAGCAAACAUCAAGGUGUCUUCAACUGAGACUGGCGUCAUUUUUGGGAACAUUGUUUAUGAGAGUUCUAAUGUGCUUGAGCGGACAGUGGUUGUGCUAAACGAUAUCCAUAUUGACAUCAUGGAUUACAUCUCUCCUGCAGUGUGCAGUGAUGCUGCUUUUAGAACCAUGUGGGCAGAAUUUGAGUGGGAAAACAAGGUUGCUGUCAACACUGUCAUUCAAGAGGAAAAAGAAUUUCUUGACCAUAUAAUCAAAUCAACCAACAUGAAAUGCCUUACUGCACUGUCUGCAUUGGAAGGGCAAUGCGGGUUCCUUGCUGCUAACUUGUAUGCAAAGAGUGUGUUUGGUGAGGAUGCUUUGGUGAAUGUAAGCAUUGAGAAACAAGCAGAUGGUAAGCUGAGUGGUUAUAUUAGGAUAAGGAGCAAAACGCAAGGAAUUGCGCUUAGCUUGGGGGACAAGAUAACACUCAAGCAGAAGGGAGGCAGUUGAUCAGGUCAACUGGAAUUUAGUAUGACCUGGAUAUGCCGAUUGUUACACUUGAAUUUGAGGCUCCUCCAAAUCCCCCAUUUUGCAGCUUGGUGGAGUGCUGGGGUUAUUGAGAGAACAUGUAGAGAUUAUAAUACUGCACUUAUUCUUAGGUUUGGAUAUAAAAGAUUCAAGUAUUUUAUUUUCUGUGAGGACAUUUUUUGUAGAGAAAUAUGUGAAGAAAUAUUGCAUUAUUUUUGACAUGUUUUGAAGCGGAAGUUUCUUCUGACGUUCAUUCAAUUUCUCUGUUGAACUGAUUCAAAGCUC